AUGAAUAAUGAGCCUUUAGACUGGGGUGUUCUUGUCACCAUGACUAUGUUAAAAACCAAACGUCAUCCCACCUUCAAAAUUCCAUAUGCUCUCCUUGUCUCUCGCAUCCUUGAAUACAAAGGAGUAAAUGUCGAAGGUGAACAAGUUGUAAGGACAAAUAACUUGAAUCGUAUGUUAGACAGCACAUUAAUCCAACUACAAAUGGUGCACGUCAAUGAUAUUUAUGUUCAUAAGGAUGAUGUUCUAAAUGAAGGUGACGAAAUUGAAGAUUCUGAUGAAGAUAUGCCUCCUGCUGCUGAGCUUCCCUCUGAUCAAAUCCAAAGUGUUGGAACUUCCUCUACUCAUCAUUGUAGACCCCAAAUCUUGCCCGGCCUCCAAAUAAAGAGUAGAAGACCUCCUAUUGGAAGAUGGACGAAGCCUAACAAGCCACUAGGAGAGACUAUUACGCCCCAUACUAGGAUAGGAAGGAUUUUCGGCACAAAAAUAAGUUUUCUCGCCUUUUUGGGACGAGACCGCCGUCUCGCCUCAGGCAAGUGGCGAGACGGCGGUCUUGACCCUGUCAGACGAGAACGGCGGUCUCGCCACUGUCAGGCGCGAAAACCUAUAAAUAGGGGCUCUCCCCCCCUCAUUUCCACAGACCACACAACAUUCUCUCCUCCUUCUCUCUAG